ACCCACUCGUGUUUGAGAGAGGAUAACUUCCAAACGAGAAGAAGAUUCUCUGGAUCAAACUUCAACCAAUCGGACUAUUCCUGUGCAUUUUCCUUUUCUUCUGGGAAUCAUAGCGCAAAUACUCUGAGACCAUGCCUGUUGCAAGGAUGAGGAUGAGGCCAUGGCUGGAGACGAUGAUCGAGUCUAACUCCAUCUCGGGUCUGAGCUGGACCGAUAAGGAUAAGACGAUGUUUUCAAUUCCCUGGAAACACGCAGCUCGGCACGGCUGGGAGCUUGACAAGGACGCGUGUCUGUUCAAGAAAUGGGCCAUCCACACAGGGAAAUAUGUCGAAGGCCAGACUUGUGACCCCAAGACAUGGAAAGCCAACUUCCGCUGUGCAAUGAACUCCCUGCCUGACAUUGAGGAGGUGAAAGACAAGAGUGUCAACAAAGGUCACCAAGCCGUGCGCGUCUUCAGGAUGCUGCCUUCAACACCGAAAUCUAGAGCCAAACGAAGCAAAGUGAGAGACACAAAGACAAGGAGGAAGAGCUCGGUGGUGAAGGAGGAAGACACAGACUACAGUGACACUCAGUCUCCCAUUGCAGCAUCAGCACAAGAGGACUCGUUCACUCAAGAAAACACAGUCGACAGCACAGUGAAGACUGAAAAGCAAGAUUUGCCCUUUGUUUCUCCAUCUGAAGUUCCCGAUUGGUCUUUGUCAGUUGAAAUCGGCUCUGAGAACUGCGCGAACAACUUCUACCACAGAUUUGAAGUUUCGCCUGAGCACAGCACUGAUUACGAGGAUAUUAUUCAGAUUUGCCAGCAACUGGAGGACGAUUCACAGUGGCAACUAAACAGUACAGGCAGCACGGGGUUCCUGAGCAAUGAAGCAUGCACCAGUCCAGGAAGCCUCUGGAGUGACUCUUCCUCAGCCGACGAACUAGAAAGCAAUCUACAGUACACAACUUUGGGCUCAGACUUCCCCACAGAUGCCAUCUGGGACAACUUUCGGACCACUCUCGGGCGCUGAGAUUUCCAGCACAGGACAGGACAGUGACUUUACAAACUGUGGACUUUUAACAGAGACCUUCUUGGACCCCCCCCCCCCUUCCCCCGUCCCCCGUCCACUUGAGCCCUCAUCUCAGUUGAAACACUCAUCAUCAUCCUUCCUCCACACAUUAAGCUAAAACCCGUCCCCCAGAGCUUGUGCUGUCUGCUCGGGGCUUGGCUCACCUCCCCCUUAUGUGAAGUUGCGAAAAGAAGUUAUGAAGACCUGCUUUGCUGUGUAACAGGCAUUCGCAUUCUGUUCAUUAUUUGUGUUUUUGGCAGGUUCAAAGCAUUUUAGUGUACAGUUUUUUGUUUGUUUUUUUUUUUUACGUUGUUGUACUUGGACAGGGCAUUACAUGAUCAUUACAAUGUACCACAUAGCCAUUAAUAAUGAGGUAGCCAAAACUUACCUUAAAGUUCAAAGAGGGGAGAUCACGUUUGGUGAGUGUGAAUUGUGUUUUGCCUUCCGUUAUAAGUGGACUUCAGCUAAAGAGUUGGAAAAGUGCUGAAAGCAAGUGUAAAAAUUUUUCUGUACAUAGUUGUUUUUGUCUGUGUUUUUUUAUAAAAUAAUAAAAAAAAUAAUUGUUUAAAAAAAA